UGGCCUCUGUCCCCCUCUCCGCCACCUCCUCCUCCCGCCGCGGAACCGCGCCGGGGCGGGAGGGGCUGCCGCGGUGCCCUGUGGGAAGAGGGGGAGAAACAAUAUGGCGGAUGGCGAGGAGCCGGAGAAGAAAAGAAGGAGAGUAGAGGAGCUGCUGGCGGAGAAAAUGGCUGUUGAUGGUGGGUGUGGGGACACUGGAGACUGGGACGGUCGCUGGAACCAUGUAAAGAAGUUCCUCGAGCGAUCUGGACCAUUCACACACCCUGAUUUCGAACCAAGCACUGAAUCUCUUCAGUUUUUGUUAGAUACUUGUAAAGUGCUAGUCAUUGGAGCAGGAGGAUUAGGAUGUGAACUCCUGAAAAAUCUGGCAUUGUCUGGUUUUAGACAAAUUCAUGUAAUAGACAUGGACACCAUAGAUGUUUCCAACCUAAAUAGGCAGUUUUUGUUUAGGCCUAAGGAUGUCGGAAGAUCCAAAGCUGAAGUUGCUGCAGAAUUCCUAAAUGACAGGAUCCCUAAUUGUGCUGUAGUUCCACAUUUCAACAAGAUUCAAAAUUUUGAUGAUACUUUCUAUAGACAAUUUCAUAUCAUUGUAUGUGGUCUGGAUUCCAUUAUUGCUAGAAGAUGGAUAAAUGGCAUGCUGAUAUCACUUCUAAAUUAUGAAGAUGGUGUGUUAGAUCCAAGUUCCAUUAUUCCUUUGAUAGAUGGGGGAACAGAAGGUUUUAAAGGAAAUGCUAGGGUAAUUCUACCUGGAAUGACAGCUUGUAUUGAAUGUACACUGGAACUUUAUCCACCACAGGUUAAUUUCCCCAUGUGUACCAUUGCAUCUAUGCCCAGGCUUCCGGAACAUUGUAUUGAGUAUGCAAGAAUAUUACAGUGGCCCAAGGAACAGCCUUUUGGAGAGGGAGUUACAUUGGAUGGAGAUGAUCCUGAUCACAUUCAAUGGAUUUUCCAAAAAUCACUAGAGAGAGCGUCACAAUUUAACAUUAGGGGUGUUACCUAUAGGCUAACCCAAGGGGUUGUAAAAAGAAUCAUUCCAGCUGUGGCUUCCACAAAUGCUGUCAUUGCAGCUGUGUGUGCCACUGAGGUGUUUAAAAUAGCUACAAGUGCAUAUAUUCCCCUUAAUAAUUACUUGGUAUUUAAUGAUGUAGAUGGGCUGUACACAUACACAUUUGAAGCAGAAAGAAAGGAGAAUUGCCCAGCUUGCAGCCAGCUUCCCCAAAAUAUCCAGUUUCCUCCAUCGGCUAAACUGCAAGAGGUUUUGGAUUAUCUAAUUAAUAAUGCCUCAUUACAGAUGAAAUCCCCAGCCAUCACAGCCACGUUAGAGGGAAAGAACAGAACGCUUUACUUACAGACAAUAACUUCCAUUGAAGAACGAACAAGGCCAAAUCUUUCUAAGACAUUAAAAGAAUUGGGCCUUGUGGAUGGACAAGAGCUUGCUGUUGCCGAUGUUACAACACCACAGACUGUACUGUUCAAACUUCAUUUUACUACUUAAGAACAAUAAAUGUACAUCUAAAAGAGGAUUAAAAUCUACUGCAAUAUUGUGCUCUAUGUGGAUGCUCAGAAUAACCUAAUUGAUGUCCCUUUUAGUAUAAGUGACUUUUAUAAUGGAUCGCUCUUUCUUACUUCAGAACAUCCCUCCAAGCCAGAAUUUGGGGGAUGUUGUUUGUGAGAGUUUUCAUUAACAUAUAGCUAAAGAAGCCUGGAGACAGAUUCUGACUGGUUGUAGUGUCCCUGUUUCUGUUUAGAAGGCAAAGGCCGUCUUGUACAUGAGGAUUUUAGGAUGGUCAGAUGGUGUAAAUCUUUAGCUUUCAGUUGAAUAACCAUAUAUGCAAAAGAAUGUCCUUAAAGAAAAUUAAGAUAUUAAAUCACAUUUUGUAAGUCACAUAAAUAUAACCUGUGUGAAGAGUUAGGUACCUGUAUAAUAUAUUGAAUUUAGGAUGUUUCCUGUUUGAAUGAAUAUUCCCUUGAUUUUGACUGUCUAUAAAUGAAUAUUAAGUAUUGUAAGGGGAUUACAUUGUCCACUAUGUUUUUAAAGUGUUUCAGCUUAACAUCUGUGCAUGAAAGUGGAAAACAUUUUUAUGUGUAUAUUUGCUGUGCUAUGGUGGUUAAUAAUGCACAGUGUUGAAGCCAGAAGCUCACUGAUGUUCUGUACUAGAACUUAAUGUUUAAACAAUUAUCACUGAAUCUGUCAUACUAUUUAUUAAUAAAUCCUACCUUGUAUACAUUGA